AUGACAGGAGCGUCCAUGACAGGAGCGUCCAUGACAGGAGCGUCCAUGACAGGAGCGCCCAUGACAGGAGCACCCAUGACAGGAGCGCCCAUGACAGGAGCGCCCAUGACAGGAGCGUCCAUGACAGGAGCGUCCAUGACAGGAGCGCCCAUGACAGGAGCGUCCAUGACAGGAGCGUCCAUGACAGGAGCGUCCAUGACAGGAGCGUCCAUGACAGGAGCGCCCAUGACAGGAGCACCCAUGACAGGAGCGCCCAUGACAGGAGCGUGGCAUAUUGUGCCACGCUCCUGUCAUAGGCGUCUCCAGGCGGUGGGGGAGGCAUCCUCUCUUAUGACAGUCUUGCCCCUCCCUCGUGACAGUCUUGCCCCUCCCUCGUGA